UUUACGCAAGAUAGACGGUAGCGAGAAUCGUUUCGUGUUAUUAUUACAACUCAAUUCGCGAUUGCGAGAAGUGUUAAAAUAUUCUUCCGGACGAAUAAUUGCUGUUUUCACGCGACUAAUUAGCUUUCGACAAUUUAUGAUUCAGAUUCGCGAAAUAUAUUUCCAUAAUUUUCAGUUAUCUUAAGAUAACGCAACUUUGUUGCGUUUUAUUUAUUUGUUAUAUUUAUAUACAAUAUUCAAAUACGCUAAACACUUUAAAACGCAGAUAUAUUUCAUUUUUCAUAUUCUGAAAGCAUGGAAACUUACGAAAGUAUUUGGAUUUAGCAUAAUCACAGCAAGUGGCAUGCGAAAUAACUGCGCAGAUUUUCUUCUGUCGUUUGCUCGCCUGCACCGUGAAUGUCGAACGGAUUUUAGCUCCGUGCGAUUUCUUUUCUCGAGUUUUUUCUUUGUCAUGAUAUGACAAAGUUCGCGUUGUCGUACAAAACUCCGCGCGAUCGUAUUUUCGCGAGUGAAUGCCAUGGAAGAGCAGCCGUCGAUGACCAACUGAGAGGAGGAGGAGGUCCAGGGGACAUCGGGCUUCGGCAAAACAAUUUAAGAGAGACUUUUGUGCAACCUUCGCGUUUUGAAUCGUCGUAUUCGUUCCGCCGUAAUAUAAUAAAUUGCGCGUCGGGAGUGCGUUCGUGUCAGCGCUAUGAUAGUUUCGCGCGAGUACGAAACGUCGUUCUAGCGAAUCGUAAGACGAACGCACUUUGCAAAUUAUAUGAUAAAUUUUGGAAUACGAUCGAACCCUUUUCGCGGAAGACUUUCUUCACGACUUUGGGCUCGGCUCGGGGGAGGGAAGGAUCGAUUUUUAUCAUAGGAUUCCGAUUACCUGGGGCCCUUCAGUGUCAGACGUGCCAUCAUAUAAUGCAUGAUGCAUGAUUAUCGUGUUGUUUUUUGCAUGGUUAAAAAAACAUGAAGUUACUAAUGCAUGAUAGUAACUUCGAUAUCACACAAACCACGGCAUAGAAGUCAGCAUGUUUUGACUUGAGUUCGUUGCUAUUGGCUUCUGAAAUGCUGUUGGGAUAUCGGUAUCCGGUUGAUCCUAUGACUAAUCGCAUCUUACCUUUCUCGAGCUUAGGCCCUCUGUUCUGAGAUAAUCGUAUCCCAAUUAAUAAGUGCGAUCGUCUGAAACGCGGACGGAACUCGCGCGUAACGUCGCAUCUUGGACAAUUCGGUUCGAUUCGCUUGCGACGUCGGGAGUGCCGUUUAAAGUAAGUCGCGCGAUUUUCGUAUUCGGAUACGCGCGCGAGCAAAGCGUGCGCCGCGAACGCGUGUGAGUUAGUGUGAGUGUCUCGAAGGAUCGCUGAGAGGAGGAGGAGGCCUAGGAGGCAUCGGGCAACAACAGAGCAACGAUACGACACGACAUCGAUUGCAAAGUGGAGCAACAUGGAGCAACGCAUCUUGAUAAGCUUACGAAAAACUCUGUUGCUGCGCAUCGUGUCGGUGCCGAUUUUCUUCAAGCCCUCUUUGCUAUUCAGUUCAAUGAUGUCUAGAACGAAGUCGGAGCGGAAGCCCUGAUGGUCGAACUUGAUAAUACCGAUCAGUGAUUCGAUCCAAGAGAAGUUUCCGGAGAAAUGUGCAGUUGAGGUCGUACAACUAGCCGUAUACAACUUAGUACAACUUAGUACAACGACCGUUCACUUUUUCUUCACCGCUUUCGCGUCGUAGAGCAUCCCGAGAAUGAGUAUGGUCUGCUCGUCUUGAAAGGCAUUUCUGAUUGCGCUGUGCCUGGCGGCCUUCGCGACGGUGAUCGCCGAGGAAAAGCCGACCAACACUUUCUCGAUUUCGUUGAAUUCGCCGAUGGAUUUCCAAAGCAACACGAUACAGAAGCUGAUUAGCAUCUUGGGGAAGUACGGGCUCGAUGAUCAAAGGGGUCUGAAGAGAGUGUAUCUGAGCAACAGGACGAUCACUUGCAACGACGGAUCGCAGGCCGGUUUCUAUUUGCGAAAGUCUCACGGCUCUAGGCGAUGGAUCAUGUACCUGGAGGGCGGUUGGUACUGCUACGAUCACAAGAGCUGCAGAUCCAGGUGGAUGCGAGUACGACAUCUCAUGACGUCGACCCAAUGGCCUGAGACACGCGACGUGGGUGGAAUGCUCUCACCGAAUCCCGACGAGAAUCCAUUUUUUUGGGGAGCGAAUCACGUUUUCGUUCCUUAUUGCACGAGCGACAGCUGGAGUGGCACGAAAGCCACCAAAGAGCCGCAUGACAUAUUCACGUUCAUGGGGGCAGAGAUCGUAGUUCAGGUCGUCCGAGACUUGGUUCCCCUCGGCCUCGAGAACGCAAGCGCCUUCCUUUUGGCCGGUAGCAGCGCGGGCGGAACCGGCGUCAUGCUGAAUUUGGAUCGCGUUCACAAUCUGGUGCACGGCGAAUUGGGCUUGAAGCACGUUGCUAUACGCGGUGUGUCGGAUUCCGGAUGGUUCCUCGAUAAGGCACCAUAUUCUCCGAACGAGCUGUCGUCCAUCGAUGCGAUUAAAAAGGGAAUGCGCUUAUGGCAGUCUCUGAUGCCUCUAAAUUGCGCGAGCAAAUAUCCUGGCGAAACGUGGAGAUGUUUCUUCGGAUAUCGACUCUAUCCAACUUUGACCGCACCGUUGUUUGUCUUCCAAUGGAUAUUCGAUGAGGCCCAGAUGAGAGCCUCCAAUGUGGCUAUACCGAUGACGAGACAGCAAUGGGAUUACAUACACGAGAUGGGCGACAGUCUACGGCAGACGCUCGAAAAUGUUACCGCCGUCUUUGCUCCGAGUUGCAUUAGCCACAGCGUUCUCACAAAGAGAGAUUGGAUUCUCGUUAAAAUAGACGAAGUUUCCUUCGCGCAGGCAUUGUACUGUUGGGACCAAAUGCCGAUCGGAAAUCGUCGCAACAAUAAUCGCAACAACAACACUCACUCGCAAAUCGAGACCAAUCAACCGUGCAGCAAGUCACUGAAAAAGCUAUUGCGUUCUGGUGCCAGAAAGGGAAAUGGUACCUCGAUCGAAGACGGAAAAAGCAACGCUAGAUCUUCUACGGAAAUGCAAAAAGUUUACUCUGUUAUUGGCAAAAUGCAGGAUAGGAAGGCAGUAUUCGGCUCGGCUCAAGAGCAGGAGAACAAGAAAAGGCGAAGGAAAAAACACAAAGGCAAGCGAAGAGAGAGAAAGGAAAGAGAGAGAAGCAAAGAGGAGAGAAACACAAGGAAGGAGAAGCACGAGCGAAGAAAAGGUCGUCGCAAAGGUGGCAAGCAAGUUAACGGCAAUAACCACACAAUCAUGUUUAAUGGCACCAGGCCGCAGCGAUCGGUAAUACCGUCUGACAAACGGAAGUGCGACCAGAACUGCCAAUUUCGUACGAUCGAGCGCUGCACUUGGCCACAAUGUAACCAUAGCUGCCCCAAGUUACAUAAUCCCUUUACGGGCGAGGAAAUGGACUUUAUCGAACUGCUCAAGAGCUUUGGUCUAGAUAUGAAAAGCGUCGCGAACGCCCUCGGCAUUGAUAUGCACACGUUGAAUAGUAUGGAUCAGGAGGAGCUGUUGAAUCUUUUAACACAACGCGCUAAUUAGCGAGAGAUAUUCUACUAUGACGAUUACACAGGGUUCUCCUGCUUGCUCGACAUCUCCUUUAGUACGUCCGAAGUCAGAGCGCAAUUUACAUACAAUUUCAAAUACUAUAUUUGAUAGAAAUCGUGUUGCACGAUUUAUAUCAACGAUCUUACCGAUGCCAAUAUUACAGUACUUAAGUCGAAGAACGUAUGUCAUUUAUCAAUGAUUGAAGUUAACAAGGUGACAAAAAUUGUCGAAAGAUUGCUCAGUAUAUAUAUAUGUAAAAAUCAAGCAAAUCACCAUCCUUGUUUUAAUAACGACGGUUGCUAAGAUUUCAGCUAAAGUUCUAAUGCCUACAGUACAAAAAGCACAACUCACACAUUUCGAUAGUAGAUUUUGAAGCUAAAUUAUCAGAUGUUUAGCUAAAGCUUGACGAAAUACGACAUUUAUUUUGAAUUUGACGACAAUGCGUUAUUUUUUUCUUCGUAUUAUAUAUUUUUCCAUGUCGUGCUCUUAAAGACUGCUAAUUGAUUGUCAAUAACUCCAUCAGCUCUGAAACGAUGAUUUAGUGAACGCAUAAUUUUUUUCCGCGUACGACAGACAGCACUCAGCGAGUGAACCAGCGCGCUUGAAUUACGAGACGCGUUACGCGUUAUUACGUUCAACCAAAACGAAUGUAUAUAACUUCAUAGAGAGACCUUUUACAGUACGUUUGCAGAAUUCGUUUCGUGAGAAAAACGAAAAAAUCGAGAGAGAGAGAGAGAGAGAGAGAGAG